CAAUUUUAUCAGAAAAAAAAAAAACUAAAAGUAGAUUUUUACAAAAGAUCCAGAGAAUUUCGUGUAUGCGAAUGAAAUAAAUUUUUAGAAAAUAAAUAAAUAAUAAAAAAAUUUACAUCAAGGGAGUAAAAAAAAAUUAAAAAUAAAUAAGAGGGACUGAGGCCCAAAAAAAAAAGAAAGAAGGCACAAAAAUAUUUAAGCCGGUUUUCGUUACAACUGGCAAAAGUGAAUUUAAAGAAGAAAUAAAUAAAAAAAAUUUAUAUAAAAAUAAAUAAAAAAGAAGAAGAAUAAACAGUGAAAAAGUUUGCUGUCAGACAACUAAACACUGUCUAGUCUCAGUCUCAAGAAAACACUUGCUCGAUUCACAUCUACAUUUAUUGCAUAAAAAAAAUUUAAAAAAUAAAAAAGUAAAAAUUUAAAUAUAAUUUCUACAAGUGUAUUUGUGAGUUUAUUUUGUGAGGUGAUAUUAAUUAUUGUGUAAUAAAGUGUGUGUUUAUUAACACUGUAAUAAUUUGAAUAAUUUUUAAAAAUGUCGGAAAAUGAAAAAAGUAAAUAUUCAAAUCCCAAUGGGGAAGAGGAAGAUUUAUUUGAGCGGGAACUUGCUGAAGAUGCUGUAUGGAAAAAAAUACAACAAAAUACAUUUACAAGAUGGGCUAAUAAACAUUUAAAAUGUAUUGAUAGAUUUAUUGAUGAUUUAGAAAAUGAUUUGUCUGAUGGUUUACAGCUUAUUAAUUUAAUUGAAGUAUUGGCACAAAAAAAAUUACCAAAGCAUAAUAAAAAACCAAGUUUUCGUUCACAAAAACUUGAAAAUGUUGCUGUUUCAUUGAAAUUUUUGGAAAAUCAAGGAAUACGAAUUGUCAAUAUUGAUUCAUCGGAUAUUGUUGAUAGUAAAUUGAAGCUUAUUCUUGGUUUAAUCUGGACACUUAUUCUUCAUUAUUCAAUUUCAAUGCCAAAUUGGGAGUUUGAUAAUAGUGAAGGUGGUAAAAAUGUAACACCAAAACAAAGAUUAAUGAAUUGGAUACAAUCAAAAGUACCAGAAAUACCACUUCAUAAUUUUACAUCUGAUUGGAAUAAUGGUAAAGCUGUUGGUGCACUUGUUGAUGCUGUUGCACCAGGUCUUUGUCCAGAUUGGCAAAAAUGGGAUCCAAAAGAUGCUGUACAAAAUGCUGCUGAAGCCAUGGGUCUUGCUGAUGAUUGGCUUAAUAUUCCACAGCUCAUCAGCCCAGAAGAGAUGGUUAAUCCAAAUGUCGAUGAACUUUCUAUGAUGACAUAUUUGUCUCAAUAUCCACAUGCUAAAUUGAAGCCAGGUGCACCACUUCGUCCACGUACAAAUCCCAACAGUGUUCGUGCAUAUGGUCCAGGUAUCGAGCCAAAAGGUCCAAUUGUUGAUGCACCAGCAAAUUUCACUGUUGAAACAUUUUCAGCUGGUAAAGGCGAUGUGACUGUAACUGUUGAAGACAGUAAAAAUAAUAAAUUACCAGUUGACAUACGUUUUAAUAAUGACAGAAAUUUAACAUACUCUGUAUCAUAUACACCUAAAAAUGAAGGUGCACAUAAAGUUCAUGUACUUUAUGGUGGACGAGAAAUUCCAAAAAGUCCAUAUACUGUACAAGUUGAUAGUUUACCUGGUGAUCCAAGUAAAGUAACAGCAAGUGGACCUGGUUUACAGCGUGAUGGUGUUAUUGUUAAACGUCAAACUUACUUUGAAAUAUUUACUAAAGAUGCUGGACGUGGUGUACCAGAAGUUAUUAUUCUUGAUCCAAAUAGUUCAAAAACAACAGUGCCAGUACAAUUACGUCAAACAUCACCAGAUGUAUGGCGUUGUGAUUAUUCAUCAACAAUGACUGGUCUACAUUCAGUAAAUGUUUUUUUUGCUGGUAAAUUAAUACCAAAAAGUCCAAUGGGUGUUAAUAUAUCAUUAGAAUCAGAUGCUAAAAAAUGUCGUGCAUAUGGUAGAGGUAUACAACCAUCAGGUGUACGUGUUAAAGAUUGUGCUGAUUUUAUUGUAACAACAAAAGAUGCUGGUGAAGGUACACCAGAAGCAAGAUGUAUUGGACCUGGUGGUUUAAAUGUAACAACAAAAAUGACAAAAAUUGAUAAUAAUGAAUAUAAAUUUGAUUAUACACCAAUAAAAGAAGGACGUCAUAUGGUUAUGGUAACAUAUGGUGGUAAAGAAAUACCAAAAUCACCAUUUGAAGUUAAUGUUGGUCCAUAUAAAGUAUCAGCAAUACGUGUUUAUGGACCAGGUCUUACUGGUGGUAUUGUUAAUCAUCUUGCUAAAUUUACUGUUGAUACAAAUGGUGAAACAGGUGCACUUGGUUUUUCAAUUGAAGGACCAUCAAAAGCUAAAAUUGAUUGUCAUGAUAAUGGUGAUGGUACUGCUGAUGUAACAUUUUUACCAACAGCACCAGGACCAUAUGCUGUACAUAUAUUAUGUGAUAAUGAAGAUAUUCCAUUAUCACCAUAUAUAUCAAUGAUUAAACCAGAUGGUGGUUUUCAUCCAGAUAAAGUUGAAGUUAGUGGUCCAGGUAUACAAGCUGAAGGUGUUAAUCGUGAUAAACAAACAAAUUUUACAAUUGAUUCACGUAAAGCUGGUAAACCAGCACCAGUUGAAGUUGAAAUACAAGAUGCACUUGGUAGAAAUGUACCAGUUAAACUUGAUAAUAAAAAAGAUGGUAUUGUACAAGCAAAUUAUUCACCAACAUCUGGUGCACAACAUGUUGUUAUGGUUAAUUAUGGUGGUGUUGCAACUAAAAAAUCACCAUACAGAGUUAAAGUAUCAUCACCAUUAAAUCCAUCAGCAGUUGCUGCAUUUGGUCCUGGUCUUGAUAAUGGUGUUAAAACAAAUAUACCAACACAUUUUAAUAUUGAUUGUCGUGAAGCUGGUGAUGGUGAACUUGAAGUUGAUAUGACUGGUCCAGAUGGUAAAAAUUUACCAUUAACAUUAACAUCAAAUGAAGAUGGUACUUAUACUGUUGAUUAUUCAGCACCACAACAAGGUCCCUAUAAAGUUGAUAUGACUUAUGGUGGUCUUAAAGUUCCACAAUGUCCAUUGAAGGUUCACGUUCAACCAAGUGUCGAUGUCAGUAAAAUCAAAGUUGAUGGACUUGAAAGUACUGCACCAAUCAACAGUCUUCAGCAGUUUCGUGUGAUAACUCAAGGAUCAACUGAUAAACCAGCUGAUAUUGAUAUAAAAAUAAUAUCACCAUGUGGAAAUAUUGUUAAUACACAAAUAAUACCAACUCACAAUGGUUAUCUUGUUAGUUUUACACCAAUUGAACUUGGUGAUUAUGCAAUAAAUAUAAAUUUUGGUGGUGAAAAAUUAUUAUCAUCACCAUAUCAUGUUAAUUGUGUAAUUGGUAGUGAUCCAUCAAAAGUACGUGCAUAUGGUCCUGGUCUUGAUCAUGGUACUGUUGAUAAACCAGCUGAAUUUAUAAUUGAUACACGUGGUGCUGGACAAGGUGGUCUUGGUAUAACAUGUAUUGGACCAUGUGAAGCUGCAAUCAAUUGUCGUGAUAAUGGUGAUGGUACAUGUUCAGUUGCAUAUUUACCAACUGAAUCUGGUGAUUAUACUAUUAAUAUUACAUUCAAUGAAACACAUGUUUAUGGCUCACCAUUUCAAGCCAUCAUUGUGCCUUCUUAUGAUAUCAACAAAAUCAAGGUCACUGGAAAUGGCAUACAGCCCUAUGGUCCAGCUGUUAAUACUCCUCAACAAUUUACAAUUGAUACACGUGCUAUUCCAAAACCAAAAGGUGCACCAAUUGAUAAUAGUGUAACUUGUAAAAUAACAAAUCCAAGUGGUUUGAAAACUGAUAAAGUUAUAACACCUCAAAAUGAUGGAACAAUUAAAGUUGCAUAUACACCAUUUGAAGAAGGACCACAUAAAGUUGAUGUACUUUAUGAUAAUUUACCAGUACCUGGUUCACCAUUUCCUGUUAAUGUUAAAACAGUUUGUAAACCAGAAAAAUGCAAGGCUUAUGGUCCAGGAUUGGAUAAAGGAUAUGUCAAUAGAACAAAUACAUUUACAGUUGAAACAACUGAUGCUGGAACUGGUGGAUUGGGUCUUGCAAUUGAGGGUCCAAGUGAAGCACAAAUGUCAUGCAAAGAUAACUGUGAUGGUACAUGUACAGUUGAUUAUAUUCCAACUGAAGCUGGUGAUUAUGAUGUUGCAAUUAAAUUUGAUGACAAAAAUAUACCAGGUUCACCAUUUAAAAUAUCAGUUGUCGAUGAACCAGAAUCAAAUGGUAUUGGUAUUUAUGGUCCUGGUUUACAACCAGAUAAAAUAUUUGAUGGUGUACCAGCACAAUUUGUUGUUGAUACAUCAAAAGCCGAACUUGCACAAUUAAAUGUUAAACUUAAGACUGACAAAGGUAUUAUGAAAAAACCAACAAUUAAACAUCGUGGUGAUGGUAUUUAUGAUGUAUCAUAUAUACCACCAGCAGCUGGUGCUAAUAUUGAAGUUGGUGUCUUGUAUGGUGGUAAAGAUGUACCUGGUAGUCCAUAUAAAUUUAAAGUUAAUCCAGCUGUUGAUGCUAGUAAAGUUAAAUUAUCUGGACCAGGUGUAGCACCACAAACAACAGCAUCAUUUCCAGCUGAAUUUAUUGUUGAUACAUCAAAAGCUGGAUAUGGUGAUCUUGAAGUUCAAGUUCUUGGACCAGAUCAACAACCAAGAAAAGUUAAUGUUCAAAAUAUUGAUGAUGGAAAAUACAAAGCAACAUAUGUACCUGAUGAUUGUGGUCGUUACAAGGUUAAUGUUAAAUAUGGCGGUAAAGAAGUACCUGGAAGUCCAGUUAAUGUACAAAGUGUAUCAACUGGUCAAGCUGAUCGUUGUAAAAUUAAAGAAGGUAUACAAAAAACAGUUGCACCUGGUGAAGAUUAUUGUAUAAAUGUUGAUACUGGUGAUGCUGGUAAUGGUGCACUUACUUGUAGAAUUCGUUCAACAUCUGGAAGUGAAGUCGUUGAUAUUGACAUCGAAGACAAAGGCGAUGGCAGUGUCGAUGUUAUAUACAAUGUUGAAGAUGCUGGUGAUUAUACACUCAGCGUUAAAUUUGGCGGUCAGCCUGUGCCAAAUGGUUUCUACACGUUCAAGGCAUCUGAGGAGUAUCGUGAAACAAGUACUCACAAAGUUCAACGUCGUUCAAAAUCUCAUACUCAUCAAGAAGAAAGUGUUGUUCAACAUACAAGCAGUAAAAGAGUACAAAAAACAUAUUCAACUGAACGUAGUACAACAUCAUCAUCAUACAGUACAAUCAGUUUAACAAAUAUACCACUACCAUCAUCAUCAACAACUGACGGAACAGUUACAUCUGAAGUCAAGAUGCCAAGUGGAAAUGUGGACAAGCCAGUGAUUGAGGACAAUCAUGAUGGCACUGUUUCAAUAAAAUAUGAUCCAAAAGAAGAGGGUCUUCAUGAAGUUUAUGUUAAAUACAAUGGUGAACAUGUACAAGGCUCACCAUAUAAAUUUCACGUUGAUUCAUUGAGUAGUGGUUAUGUAACUGCAUAUGGUCCUGGUUUAAUAUAUGGUGUAUGUGGUGAACCAGCAAAUUUUACAAUAUCAACAAAAGGUGCUGGUGCUGGUGGUCUAUCAUUGGCUGUUGAAGGACCAAGUAAAGCUGAUAUAUCAUGUCAUGAUAAUAAAGAUGGUACAGUAUCAGUAUCAUAUUUACCAACAUCACCUGGUGAAUAUAAAGUAUCAGUUAAAUUUGGUGAUAAACCAAUAAAAGGAAGUCCAUAUAUUGCUAAAAUAACUGGUGAAGGACGUAAAAGAAAUCAAAUAUCAGUUGGUUCAUCAAGUGAAGUACAAUUACCUGGUAAAGUUAGUGAUGCUGAUAUACGUUCAUUAAAUGCAUCAAUAACAGCACCAAGUGGUCUUGAAGAACCAUGUUUUUUAAAAAAAAUGCCAAGUGGUAAUAUAUGUGUAUCAUUUACACCGCGUGAAUCUGGUGAACAUAUUGUUGCUGUUAAAAAAAUGGGUACACAUAUACAAAAUUCACCAUUUAAAAUUGAUGUUAAAGAACGUGAAGUUGGUGAUGCUAAAAAAGUUAAAGUUACUGGUAAAGCAUUAAGUGAAGGUAAAACACAUGUUGAUAAUACAUUUACAAUUGAUACAAGAAAUUCUGGUUUUGGUGGUUUAUCAUUAUCAAUGGAAGGACCAUCAAAAGCUGAAAUACAAUGUAAAGAUAAUACAGAUGGUACAUUAAAUAUAUCAUAUAAACCAACUGAACCUGGUUAUUAUAUUAUGAAUCUUAAAUUUGCUGAUCAUCAUGUUGAUAAUUCACCAUUUACAAUAAAAGUUAGUGGUGAAGGUAGUAAUAGACAACGUGAAAAAAUACAACAUAAACGUGAAGCUGUACCAAUAACUGAAGUUGGUAAUAAAUGUAAAUUAACAUUUAAAAUGCCUGGUAUAACAUGUUUUGAUUUAUCAUCAACUGUAACAUCACCUGGUGGUGUUACUGAAGAUGCAGAAAUUAAAGAAGUUGAAGAUGGUCUUUAUGCUGUUGAAUUUAUACCAAAAGAACUUGGUGUACAUACUGUAUCAGUACGUUACAAGGAUUUACAUAUACCUGGUUCACCAUUUUCAUUUACUGUUGGACCAUUAAAAGAUGGUGGCGCACAUAGAGUACAUGCUGGUGGUCCUGGUUUAAUACGUGGUGAACAAGGUGAACCAUGUGAAUUUAAUAUAUGGACUAGAGAAGCUGGUGCUGGUACACUUGCUGUAUCAAUUGAGGGACCAAGCAAAGCACUUAUUGAUUUUAAAGAUCGUAAAGAUGGCAGUUGCUAUGUUAGCUAUUCUGUCACUGAACCAGGUGAUUAUCGUGUUGGAAUAAAAUUCAAUGAUCAGCAUAUCCCAGAUUCUCCUCAUCUUGUUUACAUUUCACCAGCUGCUGGUGAUGCUCACAAACUAGAGGUAGCACAAUUUCCAACAAACAAUAUACAACCUGAUAAACCAACAACUUUCCUUGUUCGUAAUAAUGGUGCCAAGGGACAACUUGAUGGCAAGAUUGUAUCACCAAGUGGUGUUGAAGAUGAUUGCUUCAUUCAAGCAAUUGAUUCUGAAGAAUAUUCAGUAAGAUUUAUGCCACGUGAAAAUGGAAUUCACAAUAUUCAUUUGAAAUUUAAUGGAGUUCAUAUAAAUGGAUCUCCAUUGGUUUUAAAAGUUGGUAAAAUUGAUGCUGAUCCAGCAGCAGUACAUGCAUAUGGAAAUGGAUUAAAAGAUGUUAAAACUGGACAAAAAACUGAUUUUAUUGUUGACACAUGUAAUGCUGGACAAGGUGCACUUACUGUGACUGUUGAUGGUCCAAGUAAAGUUGCAAUGGAUUGUACUGAAGUUGAAGAAGGUUACAAAGUUAGAUAUACACCACUUGUACCUGGUGAUUAUUACAUCAGUGUUAAAUACAAUUCACAUCAUAUUGUUGGUUCACCAUUUAAAAUAACAUGCACUGGAACUGAUUUGGCUGAAAGAGGAGCACAAGAAACAAGUUUUGUAUGUGUUGAAACAGUUCAAAAAUUUUCAAAAGCUAAACAGGCAGGACCUGUUUUACCUUGUUUUAAAUCAGAUGCAACAAAAGUAACAAGCAAAGGAAUGGGAUUGAAAAAAGCAUAUCUUGGAAAACAAAAUCAAUUUACAGUAAAUGCUGGUGAUGCAGGUAACAAUUUAUUGUUUGUUGGUAUUUAUGGACCUAAAGGACCUUGUGAUGAAGUUUAUGUUAAACAUACUGGACGCAAUAAUUACAAUGUCAGUUAUAUUGUUCGUGAACGUGGUGAAUAUAUUGCACUUGUUAAAUGGGGAGAGGAUCAUGUCCCAGGAUCUCCAUUCAAAAUUGAGGUUUAAUAAAUAAAACAACAAUAAUUAUAAAAAAUGAAUAAUACUAAAGAAAAAAAAAAAACAA